AUGAGCGUGGGAGACAGGGAACUGGUCCACUACGUCCAACACAUCGAUGCGGGAAUGAUAUGUACAAAUGACUACGAACAUCUAGUCCAAAAUGAGCAGGGGCUCCAUCAUCUUGGAAUCACAUGUUGUGCCUCGCAUUUGGUAGAACAUCGUCAAGCACAUCGGGAAGAACCAGUUCCAGAAAGAUCAGAUAAUUCGCCGCAUUCAAAUGGUCCGUCGGUGUCAGGCCUUUUGAAACUUCAACACAUUUUCGAACUGACCACCGAGGACUAUAAACUGGAUGUCCGAAUAGUGAAGAGGAUAACGAACGCCUCAGACGCCAAUGAAUUUCUGCGAGAAAUUGAAAGUUUGGAUGCUGAGAGCCGAAAAUAUAUAAUUCUUGACUGCAGUGCUGAGAACGGCAAAAACAUAAUAGUGAACCAUGUUCAUGACAUUUACAUGGGAAGGAGAAAUUAUCAUUUCCUUCUCACUAGCCUGGUGAUGGAUGAGUACUGGAAGAGUGACGUCCAAGAAUUUGGAGCUAUUAAUAUCACCGGCUUCCGUAUUAUUCAGCCUCAAAGUGAGGAGACUUCUCAAUUUCUCAGCAUGUGGAAAACACUAAAUGCCUCACGUUGGCCUGGUGCUGGUUCUGAACAUAUCUCGGCAACUGUUGCCUUAGCCUAUGAUGGUACAAAAGUCAUUCUGGAUGCAUACAGCAGACUUCUAAAGAAGAAACCUGAUAUCUUCAGAAACAACUUCCGUCGAGGAGAAGUAUACAAUAAUGGUACUAAAGGUAUAGAUUGCAGGAAAACUCCCGUCACUCCAUGGGAACAUGGGGAUAAAAUCAGCCAUUAUUUUAGAAAGACAGAUAUUCGUGGUAUAACUGGAAAUAUCAGCUUCAAUGAGCAUGGCUACAGGAAAAAUUUUACAAUUGAUAUCAUUGAAAUGACCAUCAACACCGAUAUGACCAAGAUAGCUACAUGGUCAGACAUCACAGGAAUGGAACUCUUUCCUCCAAAAUACAAGAGAAUGCGAGUUUCUACAGGAUUGGAAAACAAAACUUACAUCGUAACAAGUAUAUUAGAAGAACCUUAUUUAAUGUACAAGAGAGCUGAGCCAGGGGAUGUCUUAGAAGGUAAUGACGUAUUUGAAGGUUAUUGCAAAGAUCUGGCUGAUCUCGUAGCGGAGAAUUUAAAGAUUAAUUACAGUUUGAGGCUGGUAAAUGACUCAGCGUACGGGGGCCAAGAUCCUAACUCUCCAGUGGGCUGGAACGGAAUGGUUGGAGAACUUAUUAAAAAAGUAAGCACUUUUAAAAUAAGAACUAGGA